UGGGGAGAUCAUAUUCAUAUUGUUGUUCAUCUUUUGAUUCAACUUUCUUUGUAGUGCAAUGGAGAACAAAAGAUUUGCGCCGUUUGCUUACGGCGUCGCUUUUCUUUUCUUUUUUAUCCGCACCAUCGAGGGAGAUGUGAGCUACUCUGUUCCAGAGGAGAUGAAACGUGGAUCUGUAAUCGGGAAUAUAGCCAAGGAUUUGGGACUAAAUGUGGGCCAGUUAUCUGCUCGUAAAGCACGCAUUGAUCCCGAGGAUGACAACGUGCAGCUCUGCGGAAUCAACCUCAACACGGGUGACUUGCUUGUUCAGGAAAGGAUCGACAGAGAGGGACUUUGCGGUAAAAAGGCAUCGUGUGUUUUAAAACAGGAACUUGUCCUGGAAAACCCAUUAGAACUGCACCGUGUUAGCAUCCGUGUUCUAGAUAUCAAUGAUAAUUCACCACAGUUUUAUGACGAUUCACUCAAAUUUGAAAUUCAAGAAUCAGCAGUUAAGGGUGCUCAUUUUCUUCUUGGAGAAGCGCAUGAUGGAGACAUCGGAGAAAAUGCUGUUCAAAGUUAUGCUUUGCAGCAGAAUGAUCAUUUUAAAUUAAAUGUAAACACUAAAAUGGGAGGACGAAAGAACUGCGAAUUGAUCUUGGACAACGAACUAGAUCGAGAAAAUAAAAAAGACAUCAUGCUUUUGCUGACCGCCUAUGAUGGCGGCUCGCCUCGGCGAUCCGGCACAGUAGUCAUCCACGUCACUGUGCUGGAUGCGAAUGAUAACGUACCAGUGUUUAGUCAGCCUGUCUAUAAAGCCAGUCUGCCUGAAAACUCUCCUCUUGACACUUUGGUGGUCACAGUGAGUGCAAGUGACGCAGAUGAAGGAAUAAACAGCGAAAUCUCAUAUGCAUUUGACCAUGCUUCUGAUGACCAUAGUAAAAUAGUUUCUUUAAACCCCAAAACUGGAGAAGUGAGAGUGACUGGUGUUGUUGAUUAUGAGAAAAUGUCAUCUUAUGAAAUGCAAAUAAGUGCAAGAGAUGGCCUUGGCUUAGUGUCUUAUUCAACAUUAAUCGUUGACCUUACAGAUGUAAAUGACAACGCUCCUGUAAUCAAUUUAAAGUCACUAUCGAACCCAAUAUCGGAGAAUGCGUCACCUGGUACAGAACUGGGCCUUAUUAACGUGCAGGACAGAGACUCGGAGAAAAAUGGACUUGUCCACUGCUCCAUUCAACAAAAUGUCCAUUUUAAGUUAGUUCCUUCUCUUAAAAACUAUUAUUCUUUAGUGACCACUGGACAACUUGACCGCGAACUUGUGUCUGAUUACAACAUUACAAUCAGUGCCACUGAUGAGGGCUCUCCUCCUCUGUCCUCCUCGAAAAGUCUGCACUUGUCUGUAGCGGACAUCAACGACAAUCCACCUGUGUUUGAGGAACAGUCCUACAGCGCAUAUGUGAGUGAAAAUAACAAAGCUGGCUCCACUUUAUGUUCUGUUAGUGCUCGAGACCCCGACUGGAGACAGAACGGCACCGUAAUUUAUUCUCUGCUACCUUCUGAAGUGAACGGUGCUCCGGCAUCCUCUUACGUUUCUGUUAACGGAGACACGGGGGUGAUCCACGCUGUCAGGUCGUUUGACUACGAACACUUGAGGAGUUUUCAAGUCCACGUCAUGGCCCGAGACAACGGUUCUCCUCCGCUGAGCAGCAAUGUAAGCAUCAGCGUGUUC